UCUUUGUUUUUUGUUUGUUAAAUUCUUUUUAAAUUUCCCCAUAUCUUAUCUCUAAAUUUCGUUGCCUUUGAAAGAGUACCCAAAAAUAAAAUAAUUCCUUUUUAAAUUCAUUUGAAUGCAGUUUCUCAACAUUUCUAGAACCCACAUCACUUUCCAAGCCUCCCAAUUUCCUUCUCUUUUCCCUUUUAUAAAGUCCCCUACACGAAACCCAAAUCAAAAGAAAUUAUCAAAUUUUCUCUCUCUGAUCUAUUGUAAGAGAAUUAUGUGUUUUAAUCAUACGGAGAACAACAUAGUUUUCUCGAGAAAAUUCCAUGGAAUCUGAUAAGCUUCAGAAAAAACUUCGUAAAAUUAAUUUGAUUAGCAGCUCUAUGUUCUUUUGUUCUGGGUUUUAUUGCUGGGGUUGGGAGUUUUUGACUGCUCUUUUGCUUUUUAGUUGCUAGAAGAAAUUAUAGAGAGGGUAUUAGAGUAAAUAAUCAGAGUUUAUAGGUUAAUUUUGAUUUGAUUUGAGAGAGAUUAAUUAGUUAACGGAGGGUUAGUUGGAGAUGGCUCAAAGGUCAGUUCCGGCGCCGUUUUUGACAAAAACGUACCAGUUGGUUGAUGAUCCGGCGAGUGAUGAUGUGAUUUCUUGGAAUGAAAGUGGGACGGCGUUUAUUGUUUGGAAAACUGCUGAUUUUGCGAAGGAUUUGCUGCCUAAUUACUUCAAGCACAAUAAUUUCUCCAGCUUUGUUCGCCAACUUAAUACCUAUGGAUUUCGAAAAAUCGUACCCGACAAAUGGGAAUUCGCGAACGACAAUUUCCAGCGAGGAAACAAACAACUCCUCUCCGAAAUCCGCCGCCGUAAAACAACAUCUCCGACUCCAACUACCGACAAGCCUUCCGGAGCCCCGCCGCCACAGCCAGCAGCCUCCUCGCCAUCAAACUCCGGCGACGAUCUAGGCUCCACCUCCACAACUUCACCGGACUCAAAGAACCCGGGAUCAGUGGAGACUUCCGCGACACUCCAAGUCGCCGAUUUAUCAGAUGAGAACGAGAAAUUGAAAAAAGAUAACGAGAAUUUAAGCUCUGAGUUAACGCAAGCUAAGAAACAAUGUGAUGAGCUUAUUGCUUUCUUGACUGAGUAUGUGAAAGUGGGGCCUGAUCAGAUAAAUCGCAUCAUACGGCAAGGGAGCUGUUCUGAAUCAUCCACCGUUGAUGGACUGACUAGCGGGGGCAGUAAGAUGAGUGACGAUGAUGACGAAAAUGGAAGUGGAGACGAGGGUGAAAAUGGAAUUAAAUUAUUUGGGGUGUUAUUGAAUGGAAAUAGUAAAAAGAGGGGCCGUAGUGAGAAUAUUGGGUUUGUUGGGCCGAAUGCUAAGGGGAUCAAGAUCUGUAACUAAGAGAGGCUGUAUACUGGGCUUUCAUGGGCCUGCCUGCACAUGAUAAAAUUAGGGUUUUCGUUUUGUAGUUAAGAAUAAUAAAAAUGAUUUUUACUCAGGUAUUUUGAGUACUGAUGUUAGGUUUGCUGUUGUGAGAGGGUGAAAUUCAAAAGCAAAUAGGUUUUUUACCCUCAGGAAUUUGAUAUACAAUAUGUAAAAGUUGCACUCUAUAGAUACAUUUUGGAGACA